GACCAACGGGUUAGACAACAAACUAACUAAUCGAUAUAAGAUUUAGUUAUCAUCUAUAAUAAUAAUUAUUAAAGAAAUGUAGAAUUAGAUGUUCACCAAAAAGUUAGAGAUUUUUUUUAAUCUAAAAUGUAAACAUCACUCUUGAAAACCCUCCAAAUAUUUGUUAUAAAAUUCUCUCCCAAACCUGUAAAAACACUUUUGAAAACCCCCAAAUAUUUUCCCAAAGUUCCCUCUCUUUUUUUUACAAGUCUACAUGAGUACAUUCCCUCUCCAAAUUCCCAAACCCGCUCCCUCCUUUUUUGAUUUGACAAGUCUAAAUUUCCCUCUCCAAAUUCUCAAAUCUGUGAAUUCCUCUGUUACCAAAAGAGUAUAUAUAUGGUGGCUACUUCAGUGCACUCACUUUUUUGGGUGCAUUAAGUGCACUCACCUCUAAAAGUGGUCAUAAUACAUCAAAUUUUGAAAUUUAAUGGGUAGCAUUAGUCUCAUAUGAUGAUAUAACACAGUAUCAGAACUAAUCAACCCAUUACCCUACCCUAUUAACCUUCAAUUUUGAAUUUCAACCCAAAAUCCCAAAUUGUAAACCCUAACCCUAACCCUAAAUUCCUAAACCCUUAAUCAUUCAAAUUAAAGUGAAUCUUGAAAUGAUUUGUGUACAAAUUCAUGUGGCUCUUGUUCAUCAUACCACAAGGGAUGAUUGACAUUGUUUUCACAUGAAUCGCCUGCUCAGAAUGACGAUUAUGUGGCGGGUUCAUUGAAUGCACCCAAUAAAGUGAGUGCAUCGAAGAUAUAACAUAUAUAUAUAUAUAAACCAUAAAUAUAUGUUUUCUUAAUUCUUUAAUCAAUUGACUCAGUAGUUGAGAAGUAAAAGAAAGGCCUAACUCAAGCUUGCUAAAACAUUCCCAAAACUGAAACAAGAAAUUGUCUUCCUUAUGGACUUUUUUCAUUGCAAAAUAGUGAUUGGUGAGUUUGUUUUUAAUUGUGUAAUAACUAAUUAUUCAAAAAGAUAACUCGAUGGUUUGGACCGAAAAAUCCGCAACUCGACCUGUUCAUAAUUCGAGUAACCCGCAAUCCGAUCAACCCGAACCCGAUUAACCCACAACCCGAUCAACCCGCAACCCGAUUAAUCAACAACCCGGCCAACCUGAACCCGAUUAGCCUGCAACCCGAUCAACCCGCAACCCGAUUGACCCGCAAUCCAAUCAACCCGAACCCGCUUGACCCGCAAUCCGUUUGACCCUCAAUCCGAUCAACCGUGACCCGUUUGAACCCGACCCGAACCCGCCCGAUUGACACCUAUAGUCAUGAGCAGUGGCUACUGCUAAAUUUCGGAUUGAAGCUUCCAAUCAAUAGGACGGCUAUAAGCAAGGGCUAUGGCUUUGAGUUUGCCAUAUAUUCAUUUUAGAAAGCAAAUAUUAAUAAACCAGUAAUGUUUUUUUAAGAAAUAUCCCAAUAAAAUGUUUUAGCUUCUUAGCAAUCAAGGAGUUCGACCCAAAUCCAAGAUCUGGACGCAUAAGAUCCAUAAACCAAAAUUAAACCUAAAUCAGAUCAUGAAUAAUGGGUACGUGGAAAGGGAAAGAAUGAUCGUGAAUAAUGGGUACGUGGUAGUGGAAAAAUCGUCUGCAAAGUAUGAACAGCGCUUCGUAGAGAAUCCCACUCUUGAACCAAUAAAAAUGGCUACAUCAUGGAAAAGCAUGAAGGAUAGACUCUGUGUCUGUAACAACUUGUCACCAAAUGACGUGUCGGUGGCAUUAAGAUCCGCCAGAAACUACCACACCGACGGAAGAAUCAAAGAGGUCUGUUUCCCACCAUUCAUGAGAGAGAAAUACUUUCUGAAGGAAGCUGAAUAUAAUUUGAAGCAGGCAGCAGAAGUGAGGGCUUACAUAGGUGAAUUUUCCAAGGCACUGGAAGAUGUAGACCCUAAAGACCUAUAGCCCUCACGAAUGUUGGAAUGAAGGUCGGAAUCCGUAGUAACUAUCGACUACCAGGAAUAGGUCGGUUAUUUUGACACAUUUUGUUCCGAAACUCACAAAAAAAUGGAGACGAAAAGGAAAGGGAGUUUUGAUGCCCUCCCAUUGUUUCUCAAGGGCCGAAGAAGCUCAGGGCAUGGUAACCAGUUUGGUAGCCAUUCUGUUGUAAAAUACUGAUGUAACCGUGAAUGAAGAAAUCAAAGGUUUGGUGUUUUGUGUCUAAUGUCUAUGUGGAUGGAUUAACUUUAAUUGUGUGCGGUAACCAUAUCAUUGCAGGUAUGCAUUCACACUUAAUCUUUAAUUUUGAUAUUUCUAACAUGUCAUCUCAUGAAUAGGUUUUGCCACGAGAUAACAUUCGUGCUGCAAGACUUUAUAUGCCCAACAUGGCGAGAAUAUCACCCAUUAUUGAAGAAGAGGAAAUAGUCUUGUUCAAUUCAAUGAAACGAUAUAGGGAAAGAGGUGAUCGUUUACCAAGAGGCGCAGUGAUUGAUCUGCUACCCAUGGGGCCAGUUAGGAUUCUUGAAAACAGGAUCCAAUCACUCAAACAGAUGUGGGAAACUUUCACUGAACAGGAGCAGAAGGUGUUCACUCGCACAUACGGAAGAAUACCUUAUCUGUUAUAUGUCCCAUUCCCGGCGAACAUGGUUCAAGAACUUCUCAACUACUGGGAUGAGGAAAAUCAGUCACUAUAGACAGGAAAGGCAAGAGAAAAAUGGAAUUUGAACCCAGGUUGCCACCUGCGAUGCAUCACCAAGUGGGAUCUUUGGCUAAAGAUAUGCCUUUAAGCCAACUACAACGAGAAAAUGACGAGAUGCGAGCAUACACAAGAGGGCAUUUCACCCAAAUGAAGAGACUUGAAGAAGCAAACUAUAUCCUGAAUCAAAGGAUUAUUCAGUUGGAAGAUAUUAGCCAUGAGCAAAGGUCUGCAAUCAACGAACACCAAAGUGCAAAUCGGGCAAUGCAAGAAAGAUUAGAGCAUAUGGAAUCAUGGGGUCAACAAAAGGAGCAUCUUAUCAGUAAACAAAGGAAGGAAGCCACCAAGUACCGUGAAGAGAUUGACCGACUAACUGGUGAAAAAGAGGCCAUCGAGAUAGAAAAUACAAACUGGCAAAUUACAGUGCAGACACUGGAAAACAACAGGCUCAAUGAAGAAUGGAAAGUUAACCGUCUCAUGUAAGUCAUUAGAGGAGCUACCAGAAGGGCAUAUGAGUUGUCCAAUGAAGCCGAAGUGCCAGACUACGUUUGGCACAAAUAGAGAAUUCGGAUCCCGACCUUCGAACCUAUCUUGAAAACCUGUAACAGGAGCUGAUAUAUUAUGGAAGUUUCUACUAAUCAUAUUAUAAUGUUUUGUAAUAUGAUCAUGUAAGGUAGCAGGGGGGAUAAAAAUGUAUUUUGGGUUGUUUUUGCAAUCAUGGUCUCUUGUGAUAUAAGUACGAGACCAUGUAAUAAGCGUAUAGCGCCUUGAAGCGCAAAUAAAUUGUAAUAGUAGCCCCAGCUAUUGUAAAUAUGAAGUUUGGAAGCAGAGGUGUUAUCUCAUUAGCAAACCCUAGAGCUGCAUUCAUGCGUUAACAAAAACACCACAUCAUGCAUUCACAUCAUCUAGCAUAAGCGUGACAUCAUAUCACUUUGCAUCGACUAAUUACAAAUUAUUCCACGAGGAAACAGGAAACAGAGCACCAGGUUUUCUUUAAAAUUGGCCGUCUACCAGGAAAGAGUCAAGACUUUACAUACUUAAAGAGAUCUAAGGUUGAGUUCGUCAUGGAGGCUUUUCAGAAGAAGUUGAGUGACAUUGAAGGAAAGAUAACAUGGUUUAAUGAAAAGCUAGUUGGGUUUGAUAAAAUGAAGGAUCGGCUAAACAUGAUAGUAAAGAUGUUGUCGGCAA